AUCUUAGGAGCAGUGGAGGUUUAAAAGACCAAAGUUCGCCGUACUCGGCCACGCUCUACUGCCGACUGACAUUGAAUCAUCCUUCCUUUCAUUGAGGGCCUGCCACUCAUCCGUCAUGGGUCUCAAAAAUCCAUUCCAAAAGAAGGAAGCGCAAGGGUCGCCUGCCCAGAGCGAGACGUCGCCAUAUCCCGGAUCUGAAAAAUCCAACUACGACGAAGAGUUCGGGCAAAACACCAACAUUACAACCGGCUGGACAGGCGAUGGCUUUGCUGGCGCCAACGAAUACCCACAGCAGCGAGAUGGUCUGGGUGAUGAGUACCGGACUCUGGGGCGCUGGCGAGCGUGUGUGAUCCUGAUCACCAUCGAGGUCGGCAUCGGUGUUCUCAGUUUGCCUUCUGCGCUCCAAACCCUUGGUCUUAUCCCUGGAAUAAUUGCUAUUCUCGGUUUUGGCUCUCUCACAACGUACUGCGGCUACAUCAUGGUCCAGUUCUACAGGAAAUACCCCAUGGUCACGAAUCUGGUCGACUGCGCGCUCUACCUCGGCGGAAAGAAUUUCGAACGCUUCUUCGGUGUCGCUUUCAUCUUCAACCUCGUACUCAUUUGUGCCAGUGCAAACAUUACGAUGUCAAUCGCUCUCAACACCCUCUCGUCUCACGCCAUUUGCACGGUUGCUUUCAUAGCCAUACCGCACGUCGCUUGCUGGCUGCUCUGUCUGCCGCGCAAGCUUACAUUUGCAGCUGCUAUGAGUUGGAUCUGCACAAUCUCCAUUGUCGCUUCAGUUCUCAUCGUCAUGAUUGCUCUCGGUGUCGCAGGGCCGAAAGCGCCGCCUGGCUUCGAUGUUAAAAUCAUCCUUGUCGGCAAGCCAACCUUUGUUGAGACCGUCAACGCUCUUCUCAACGUCGCUUUCGCGUUCGCCGGCAACCAAUCUUUCAUGUCCGUCAUGGCCGAGAUGCGAAACCCGCAGAAAGAAUUCCCCCCUGCGCUCUUCAUGCAGAAAUCCUUCGAGGUCGUCGUCUACAUUGUCGUCGCAUGCGUCAUUUACGGCCUCGCCGGCGACGCCGUCACCUCCCCUGCGCUUGGCUCCGCACCCACUAUCCCCGCCAAGAUCGCCUACGGCAUCCUCAUCCCGUCUGUCCUCGGCACGGGCCUUGUGAUCGGUAUCACGGCCAUAAAAUACAUGUACAUUGCAAUUAUGCGUAAGGUCAGGCCGGAACAGGUCAACAUCCACAAUGCCUUCACUUGGACACUCUGGGUCACUCUCGGUACGCUGUUCUGGAUCGUGUCCUUCGUCAUCUCGAACGCCAUCCCCAUCUUCUCGUCCAUCCUGAACAUCAGCUCCGCGAUCUUCAUCUCUUGGUUCACUUUCGGCUUGACCAGCGUCAUGUGGCUGCACCUCAACUGGAAGCAGCAAUGGAGCACACCAAGGAAGAGUGCCCUGGCGUGCCUGAACUACGCAAUCCUGUUAAUGACGCUGUUCUUAAAUGUCGGCGGCUUGUACACGAGUCUGAAAGCGCUCAUUGAUAUAUUCAAUGAUCCCAAUUCGACUUUGAACGGGCCGUUUACCUGCUCGGAUAAUAGCAUCUUCUAGACGCCUGCUGAGGCUUAAGAUUAAUAUAUCUUCCUGACAUUGUUCAUACUCUCCCAUAACAGAUGCCUUGCGUGUUGUAGUCUAC